AGCGAGUGUAGAGCGCAUCUUAUUGUAUAUCGUCGAAUGAAAUUCUAUAUGCUAAAGCUAAGCAAAAUAUUUCUUUUUUUGCAACGUUAACAAUUUAAUAUAAUAUUUAAUAAUAACAACGUCGAAAAGAAUUUAUAGUGUUAAUGAAAUAAAAAGAAGAAAGGUAAAGAGAGUGAAAAGACACAAAUCGCGAAUUGUCUCUUCGAGGUCUUUCUUAACACUUUGUAGCGCAUCCGCGUUUCACGAUUCUCUGGAUUAUUUCACGUUUGUGAGAUCUCGAGAUUUCUGCCAUUUGUUUUUUUUAAACGAAUAAAUUUGACUUCAUCAACGAAGAAAGGAUCCAAUACGUUCAUUUUAGUUCUGGCAGGUUGACUGCUCUUUUAUUAAAGGUGUUUCAAAAGAAUGGCACGUGGACAACAAAAAAUACAAUCCCAAGCAAAAGCAGCAGAAAAAGCUGCUAAAGUAAAGAAACAACAAGGACAUAGUGCGAAUGAACAAAAAAAGGCAGCGCAGAAAGCAUUAGUUCAUGUAUGUUCGGUUUGCAAGGCUCAGAUGCCAGAUCCAAAGACUUACAAGCAACAUUUUGAGAACAAACAUCCUAAAAAUGAACUACCUGAUGAUUUAAAAAAUAUAUGAGGGUAGGAAUGUCUGCAAUGGAUCGCACAUAAGGAUGCAGAGAGAGAAUAACUACAAUUGAGUGAUAUAGUUUAAGAUUCAUCCAAUAUUAAAAUAGUUUCAAAACAAAGAAAUAAACAACACCCCACUAGUGUUUUUAAGAAACUGUUUCGCAGUUACAGAGAUGAAUUAUUAUGCACAUUCUAAACAUUUGCGCAUAAUUCAUGAUGUGCUUGUGGUAAAUUUGAUUUGUAAAAAAAAAACCUACAUUAUUCAUAAAAAUCAUACCUUAAUCACACUACUUUUUAAUAUAGCACGAAUGCAUCAGAAUCUGUACAUUGCUAAAUAAAUAAUUUAAUGACUUUAGUAAAAUAAUAAUUUCGGUAUAUGUGACUUAAUAUAAUAGAUUAUGAAAGAUCGAUCUUUUGUCUAUUUUAAAAUUAGAGGUUACAUUGGAAGAUAAUAAAAUAAUUUUACAACUUUUACAGAUUUAUAUAAUUUGAAAGGAAGAUUAUUGAAUAGAUUAUUUAAGAAUUAAAAUUUCGUUUAAGAGAUAUAUUAAAUAUGUUAUUGAGUUUUUAAUUUUCACAGAAUCAUUACCACAUCAAAUAAUAUAUUCUGAGAUCAUCCGCUUGUGUUACUUCGUUAAGUUGUGUUUAUCUCGAAAGAAUAUUAAACUACAAAAAAACUGCCAAUUUAGAGAGAUUGUAUCGAUUAUUAUCUAAGCAAAUACUAUGUAGUUGAAGUCCUUUCUCUAUAGAACUUUAUGUCAAUUUAAGGAUAAUUUCUUUUAAAAUCACAAUUUUAAAACUUUAACAUGGAUGAACGGUAUGUUAAAGCGAGAAGUAGAAAAUUGUACUUAAAUUGUUAAUGUUAUAACAUAUGGGAUACUUGAUAACAUAUAAAUAUUUAUAUAUAUAUAUAGAUCAAGUGAAUUUAAUCUGUCACAUCGUGUGCUUCAUUUGCCUAUGUGUGAAUAUUACAAACGACAUGAUUUAGCAUUAAUUCAGAUACAUUAUUCUUUUAGUAUUACUCUGUAGAAUUUACAGUAAUACAUUGUAUAUUGAAUUUUCAAAAAUGAUUUUUAUAAUUUUCAAGGGACAUACGUUUCAAGUAUAUUUAUUUGUAAUCUCUAUUAAGUUUAACAUUUGUAUUGUGAAUAAAGUUUAGAAAUAAACUCUUAUAUGUAUUCUGUA